UUGGAAUAUUUUCUGAUUUGUUUUGUUGCCCCUUUUCCCAUCCCAAAUAGGCUUUUGCUCAUACCCAGCACUUAAACAAUAUAACUAAGAAGUCAAACUCCAACCAAUUAAAACCAAAAAACUUCGCCAGACAUACACAGUACUAAGCUCAAAGAUCAAAACCUCAACUCUUCCGAAAGCUAAACAUGACUGCUCUUUCUACCUCUUCCUCCUCAGUGUCGAGGUUCCUGAACCCUUUUUCACAAUCCAAAACCCCAAAAUUUCUCAACCUCCUAAACCCCCAGCCCCAGCAAAAAUCGCACACCAAAAAUCUGAUCUUUACCCUUAAACCACCCUCCUUAUCAAUCCUCUUCUCCACCAAACCGUCAAAACCCUUUAAACCCCUCUUCUAUUCCACCCCAGUAAGAUCCCUUUUCACAGGAAUUGUUGAAGAAAUGGGCGAAAUUAAACAUCUGGGCUAUGAUAAAGAUGGCAGCUUUACCAUGAAAAUCCAAGCAAAAACCAUUCUUGAGGACAUUCAUUUAGGUGAUAGCAUUUCAGUCAAUGGAACCUGCUUAACAGUGACAGAUUUCGCUACCCAAUUGGCUGAAUUCACCAUCGGAUUAGCCCCGGAAACAUUGAGGAAAACGUCUCUGGGUGAGUUGCAACAUGGGUCUUCGGUGAAUUUGGAGAGGGCUCUAAGUCCUAGUACGAGAAUGGGAGGUCAUUUUGUGCAGGGCCAUGUUGAUGGGACCGGAGUAAUCGUGAGCCGCGAGCCAGAGGGGGAUUCUCUGUGGGUAAAAGUGAAGACAGGGAAGGACUUGUUGAAGUACAUUGUGCCUAAGGGAUUCAUUGCAGUUGAUGGGACUAGCUUGACUGUGGUUGAUGUGUUCGAUGAGGAAGACUGCUUCAAUUUUAUGUUGGUUGCAUAUACACAGCAAAAGGUGGUGAUCCCUUUGAAGAAAGUUGGACAGAAGGUGAAUUUGGAGGUUGAUAUAUUGGGGAAAUAUGUGGAAAGGCUACUUAGUAGUGGAUUUGUUGAUUCCAUCAGAUCAUCACGACCUGUGGAGGUACAUUAGUGCAUCUUUUUACCUUGGUACGGGAUAGUACUGGUGACAGCUGAAUGUCAUGUAGUACCUGAAUUUACAGAUUAAGUUUCAAAUUUAGUUAUUGAGAUAUGUUUUUAGUGGGCAAAUUUUGUUUUGUUGGCCAUUUUAUCUGUGUGAACUUGUGUAUGAAUGGUAUGUCAAAAUUUGUACCCUUGAAUCUUCAAUUUAUAUAAACACAACCAGCUGCUACUUUGAAAUCUUUA